CAAAUUUUGAAACGGCGGCGACCAACAACGAUGAGCGGCAAAGCAUGGCAACUGCCGUUGGUGGACGUGUUCAAGCACUUUGGUGCUGGUGACUGGAAACAAUGCAGCCGCAGUGGCGAAGUGAACCGCGUCAUGGACAAAAUCCUGCGCACGAAUGUGUAUCGCAUCAGCGGAUCUGUGCCUGCCAGCAAUUACAUGCAGUUCCCAAAGGCAACGUCCCAGUCUCUGGGCCUUGUGGGCCGGUUCGUGUACAUCCAGUACCGUCCUGCAAGGGACAAACCCUUUGUCAUCCACCUGGAGGCGGCCGUCAAAGGUGGCGUCGUCAUCCGCGUCUCCUUCUCAAACCUCUACAAGGAGUUCAAGGCAACGUCCACGUGGUUGCAGUUUCCCGUCGUCAACAUGCCGCUGCAGUGGACGCUGUUUGUCAUUGAUCUCACCAUGCUACUCUCCCUCUACCUCAACCGCAAGUUUGUGUACCUGAAGUCGAUCAAGCUGUGUGCAAACAUGAGCGUUCGCGGCGUGUUCACAUCUGACCAGUUCUUCAAGCACACGUCCCUGCCGCGUCCCAUGCGCAUGUUCACGCCCAAGGGCAAGGCCUGGCACGACAUGUAUGCGCUGAUGCUGUUUCCUCAGCAGGACUUUGGCGAAGACAUGGUUCCUGUCUAUCGCACCGAAGCCCCACCAACAGAUGGCGUUGUGCGGGCUGGCCAGCUGCCGCCACAGUAUCAAGCUGCAGUGCACCGCAAGCUGAAGAAGGGAGCAGCCGUCAUGCGACACUACACCCCGGACACAAUGCAGGAGCAAGACGUGAAGUUUGUUCCCGGGCGGUCUGAUGCAUUUCCCGUUGUUGGCGUCGACCCGCACAGACUCAACACAGAGACGGGACUUGCACGAAAUGAGGAGCAAGUGCAGCGUUCGCGACAGCACAGACGGGCAGACCAUGAUGCAGUCACACAGCCAGCGCGUGGCCUUCCCUACAGCACGCGUGCACAGCGGACUGAUAUGAGUGCGCACUCACCAACAGGGAGACGACCGCACCAGCGGGCGAUUGCGGCACACGAGCAACCGAUCACACGGCACAGCGCGUUUGCACGCACCAAACAGCAGCAGCAGCAGCAUGCAACGCAAGCUGUGAGGGCUGGUACAGGCAGUAUUUCCCAGCACGAUGUUCCACAGCAGCACGGAAGGUAUGCUGGACACACCAGCGAUGCGUUUGCACAGCACCACAAUGGUGACGAUGACGAUGUCGAUGAUGCUGCUGCCGCUCAUGAUGAUGAUGAUGAGGAGCAGGAACUGUUGGACUCAGUGCCGCGAGCGUUCACAUCAGCAAUUGGCGCAAGAGGCGGAGGGGCACGCAUAAGGCGAGAAGCGGGUGUGCCUGCAAGCAAGACGAGGCCACGAAAAGGCCAAGGAGUCCGGGGUGAAGUGGAAACAACGCCCGUGCCGCGCGGUCGCAUCGUGAGAACUCCAGCAGCACCACACACGCAAUCAUUUGCAGACAAUGAGGCCGGCACCAAACAACAACAGCGCCAGCAGCAACCACAAAGACAACAACAACAGCAGCAGCAGCAGCAACAGAGCAGAGCUGCGUCGUCAACAACGGCCAUGGCUUCUCCGGUUGUCGUGGAUCGACAGCAGCGGCGACGGAGGCACGAUGCUGAUGAUGGACAGCACGGUGCACACGCGUCCAUCAAGCUUCGCGGUGUCGUCGGCCUGUCGCCUAAUUGCGGGGGCGGCGCGCAGUGGCUCUCGCGGACCACCAUCGUGUACGCUGCGAAAUCGCGACUGGUGUUGCACAACUGGAUCAACAACGAGCAAGUUGUCACCCCGCCUCUCGUGCACCCAACGCAGACGGGCGAGGCAAAGUUCACGUUCACCCACGUGGCCAAGAGCCGAUCUGGCGAUGUGGUAGCAACAGCGGCGACGUCUGAGGACAGCAAGUCGUUUCUCGUGUGCACAUGGGCGGCCACACCAACAAACUUGCGCCCGCUCUGGUCAAAGGUGUUCUACAAGACGGUGUCGCACAUUGCUGUCGACGUGUCUGGUCAGCGCAUUGCCGUUGUUCUCACGGCGCCACACAUGAAGACGAGUGUCGGCGUGUGGGCGGCGGCGACGGAUUCCAGGCGCAAAUGGUCGCGUCUCCUCAGCGCAACAACAGAUGCAAGUGUGGAGAAGAUCGCGUUUUAUCCGCACGACAACACACGUCUCAUCUCGUGUGGCCGCGACAACAUUCGCGUCUGGCGAUGCAAAGGAGACCGUCUGCACUGCUGCCCCAUUGAUCUGCGUCGGCACCACGCGAGCGGCGUGCAAUUCCACGGCAUUGCGUUUGCUGUCCCGACCCACGACCAUGCAAGGGCGUUGAUUGGCGGCAACAAGGGGUCUCUGUUCGUUGUCAACCUCAACUCCAUUUCUCUCUCCUCCGCGCUCCCGCUUCACUCCCAAAACACGGCCAUCUGCUGUGUGUCUGCGUCAUCGGCCGGGUGUGUCACUGCGGAUACAGAGGGGCGCCUGCGCACGUGGGACUUUGGCUUUGACGACUACAAGCUGGAGGUUGUGCAUGCGGCGAAGGUGGCUUCUGUGUGCACGGACAUGAAGCUGCGUUGUCUCUGCACUGUAACGGAUGGCACCAUCGGCAUAUUCUCACCGGAGGACAAGCAGUAUCAGACCGUCGUCCGCACGCACUUGAAGCCCGCGGAGGUGCUGGCAUCGCAUCCAACGCAGCCGCUCUUUGCAACAGCUGGCCAGGACAGAGACAUCAGGAUCUGGAGCCAGGAGACGCGGCAGCAAGUUGACCAAUUCCAGGCCAUCACAGACAAACCAACGUGCCUCUGUUUCCACCCCAAACAGCCAAUUCUGUUUGCCGGUUUCGAGUCUGGGCAGGUUCGCUUGUUUGAUUUGGAUGCAAAGCAGCAAGUCAGCGUGCUGGACAAUCACGACGCGUGUGUGCUUGCCAUCCUGGCGUCGAGUGACGGAGAGCGAAUUUACACCUUGGGUGCUGACGGUCGCUUGUUCGCCAUCUCCACGGCAUCGUGGACGCCUGUGCAAGUUGCGGAGUUUGGUUCGGCCGACACGUAUGCAACGCACCCGUUUGCAUCUGCAAUGGCGCUUGCAGGCAACGACCGCUUUCUCGCUGUUGUUGCACCGCGCCCUGACGCAAUCACGCUGCUGGACGCCCUGUCCUUCGAGCAGCUCGUGCAAACGCGUUUGUCAUUGGCGUCCAGGGAAUCCAGCAGGAAAAAGCGCCCAAAACCGUUCACCAUCACGUCACUCUGCACCGACGACGAAGCGCAACACGUGUGGGCGGGAACAUCUGACGGGCACGUGUUCAAGGUCAGCACGCAGUCUGGCGCCAUCAUCGCCAAGAAGUCGUGUGGGGCUGCGACAAGCGGUGGCGUGACGUCCUUGUUGCUGUUCCGCAAACAAGGCAGCACACUUGUGCUGUCGGUUUCUUUGUCCACGCUCACGGUGUGGGCAGAGCCAAUGCAGGGCGCCGAGCAGCCAAUGCUGCAGCACACGUUUGAAGCGCCCAUCACUGCCGUCCAGUUUGCAUCCGCCAUCGCCCAGUUCAUCUCGACAAGCUUGGACGACAUGCAGUUUUGGACACUGGAGAUGAGCGGAGAUGCAGCAGCGAAACACGAAGCAACAGCAGCAGCAGCGGCGGCGGCAGCACGGGCGAAUAAGGAAAACGCGGCAAUGGCAGCGACAGCCACAGCGAAGCCCACCGCGACCACGAAGCCCGCUGACACGACAGCAGCAUCGGCAGCCACAGAGGGGAGGGCACGCGUGCCGAUGGAAGUGGAGGUGGAGGUGCUCACAGACGAUACGGGAAUGAAGAAGGGCGGUGGUGAGAAAGAGGAUGACGAUGAUGAGGGUGAGGCUGAUGGUGUGAGUGACGAUGAUGCCAGCGUUUCGACUUAUGUCGUCAACGACGAGCAACAGAGCCGUGAUGUUGAGGCGCCCCAGACACCAUCGCCGUUGGCUGUGAAACCAGCAACGCAACGCGUGCAUGCACCAGACCGACAGCAACAGCAACAGCAACAACAGCGCCAACAGCAGCAGCAGCGAGAAAAAGAAGGUCCACGAAGGGACAUUGCGGAUGCUGGCGACCAUGGCGAGCAAGCAGCUGCAGCAGACAGUGGCGCUGACGUCAUUGAGCAAGCCAUCCUGGACGAGAUGGAGGCACGGCCCGUUCCUGCAAUUGCGACACACGCGCGUGCACGGAGGACGUGGGCGCCGCUUCCGUCAACGAUAUACACAGCGGCACCGGAACAAGCAGGACUGCAGCUUGCAACAGCGAUUGGCGUAAAUUCAACUGGCGGUUCGUGCAUUUUGUGGCACGCGGCCUCUGGUCGCCUUCUCUUUGCAAGCGGCGCGUGUGUUGUUGUUGAAGAUGUUGAAGCGCGCCAGCAGCAGCAUCUCCUGGGCCACAAGACCGACAUCUCCUGUCUCGCAAUCUCGCAGGACGGCGCUGUCUUUGCAUCAGCAAGCGCGCGCUACAAGGGUCAAGAGCGCUCGGAGAUUCGUGUGUGGGACGGGGUCACCGGUGCCUGCAAGCACACACUCUGCUACCACCUCUCCGCUGUAACGGCAAUGGCCUUCUCCCAGGAUGAUCGCCUGCUGCUUACCCUCGGGCACUACCAGGACCCGAGUUUGUGCCUGUGGAAUGUCAACACGGGAGCGCUGCUGUGCACAACGCAUCUGGAUGUGCCGUGCCAUGCGGUUGCGUGGGAUUUGCGCAUUUACAAUGAGUUUGCAGUUGUGGGCGAAGAUGAUGCCGUGUUCUUCUUCUUCAUCGACGACACCAAGGACCAGUACGAGCUGAAUGUGUACAGAACAGGCGUGCAUGCGCGCUCGCCAACACAGAAGACCAAAGACGGCAUGCAGUCUGUUAAGCCUGCAUGCACGUCGCUCGCCUACACGCCAAACGGCAUUCUUCUUGUUGGCCAUGCAGACGGCCUGCUCUCUGCGUGGGACACACGCGACAACUCUUGCGUCAUGUCCUGGCAGGCACGUGAUCAUCCACUGACACGCGUGCACGCAGCUGGGCCCAUGGUGAUGCUUUGUGACACAUCUGGGGUCGCAUCGCUCUUUACGCUCAAUGAUGAAGAUCAAGGCACGCUGAAACUGGAAGGGGAGUUGUCUGUGAACGACAGCAUUGUGGCCAGCAGCGUGGAUGACGUGUUGGGCAUGGCAAUGGUUGCAACAACAGCAGGAAUCUCCUGGGUGCUGCACUGGCGUGAGGGCGCUGCUGUGCGUCUUGGCUCUGCGCACACUACAUGUAUUCGUGACAUUGCGCUUGCGCACGCCGGCCCCUUCUUUGCGUCGUGUGGGGACGACGGGAGCGUGCGUGUGUGGAAUGGCGAUGUUGCAGAACAGAUUAUGCACUUCCAGGUUGCAGACGCCUCCCUGCGGGCAACAUGUGUCGCCUUUUCGCCAGAUGCAAAACACUGCGUUGCCGGGUACAGCAAUGGCGUCUUGCGGCUGUUCAACCUCGACUCCGUUGAGAUGGAGGCGAAGUUUCUGCCGCACAGCACCGUCGUUGGCUGUGUCGUCUUCUCCCUUGAUGGACGGGUGAUUUUGUCUGGUGGUGAAGAUGGCACCAUUGUCGUUACUUCUUCUUCAACCGGCAUGACACUGAGGACCAUCAUUGACCAUCGAGGCAGCCUCGUGUCGAUGUUUGACGUCGCGGCGUCACACAAGCGGCCUGACCGCUCACCCGAGUUGUGGUUGGCGUGCUGCCAGGACCGGCGCAUCAGUGUGUGGAACGCACACUGGUCGCAAGACAAGAACGACCUCAUGGAGUGGCUGACGCUCGCUGCACCCGCAUUUGAGCCAUCGCAUGACCUGCAGGAACAGCCGCCCACGCUGGCCCGGUUUUCGCCCGUGGAUCCGGAGCUCAUUGUCUUCACCUCAUUUGCGGCAACGCAGCAGCUCAACUUCUACUCGCUGACGCUUCGCUCCAUCGUGCGCAGGAUUCGUCUGCAGCAGUUUGCGUGGGCUCUGGACAUUUCGCCACGCGGCACACUCGUUGCCGUUGGCACGCCAGACCGACUCGUGAAGAUUGUCGAUUACGACCAAGGCACGUUCCAAGAUUUCCCGGCACAUGGAGACGUUGUUCGCUGCGUUCGAUUCUCGCAAUCUGGCGAAUCCCUGUACACAUCCGCACACAACCAACUCUUUAAGUGGAAGGCCCUCUUGUGAGGAAUUGCGUGUGUGUGUGUGUGUGCGUG